AUGGCGUACUCGUUCUUGCGAGAGAUUCGAUUUUCGCGAGGAAGACGCAAGAAACAACUUAGAGUUUCAGUUAUUUAUCUCGGAGGCGUGGAAAUUCUCUGCCCUCUUGGGGAUGGAAUAUGCGGAUCAGUGCAGGAAAUAUUCGACAAUUGCCGAGAAAAACUGAAACAGAACUUGCUUACCAAGCGUAUCAUGGAGAUCAAAGACAACAGCUUUGAGUUGAGGACCGACGGCGAGGCUCAAGAAGCUCACAAAGUUAUUUACAAUUUCAGGAGAAUUAUCUACUGCGGUGUUGAUGGAAAAAGACCCAAAGUGCUUGUAUUUAACUACCACCACGGUCCAGGGGAAGGACGGGAAGUGUAUCUGACGCAUGCGUUCUUAUGUGAAACUAAGAGUUGGGCUAAGAAUCUGGCCAUCGCAGUCGCAAAAUAUUUUCAUCACUUGAAAUACGAUGGGGGACAAGACACGAAUGGUGUUACAAGCGAUUUGCUGAAUGAGAACUUGGAAGGUUUUGGUUUAAAUCAAGAUGAC